UCAUCUGGAGAAAGCCUACCUCUUGCUAUCACCUCUGAAAUAUGUUUUCAUGGCGCACAUCCAGCACACCUCACGUGAAUAGAUCACAUGCUGCUGUCGUCAUGGUGACGGCCUCGUGCGAUACCCGAGUCGGGCACUGGCGGAGAGCCGAGACCGAACGAGAAUGAAAUGACUGCGGGGAGGAAACCGCUGUAGAGGCCACAGAAAGUCAUUUGUUUUCCAUCAUGCCGAGAAGAAGGGAUUUGUCAACAGAUGACGUUGGGAUCGAUAUGGAAGAUGAAGUCAGUGACAGUGACGACGGUGCAACAAGGAGGCGAGGGAACAGGAGGCGAGCAGCUGGAAGAGCCCGUGGCAAAAAAACAGCCAGCGAGGGUGAGGAAAAUGAAGAGGAGGCCGAUGAGGCUCCGAGGACAAGAAGAGGGGCGAAUACCAAGAAACGUCGAGGUGAUGAUGAUGAGGAGGAGGAGGAUGGAAGUGAGGACGAGGGCGCCAAGAAAAAGAAGCGAGGGGGCACGGCCAAUAAGCAAAAAGGAGGCAAAACCUUGGAAAGUGAGGAGGAAGGCAGUGAGGAGCAGAAAGGAAAGAAGGGGAAAAAUGGAGGACGAAUGAAAGGGGGAAAGGAGGAGGAUGGUAGUAAAGGCAAGAAGGGAGACGCCAAAGGAAAAGACAAAGACAAGAAAAAGAAGAAGACGAAGAAGAAGGAAGAAAGUUCAUCGGAUUCCACCUCGAGCUCCGGUGACGGUGAGGAAUCCUUGUCCGAGGGAGAGAUGGCCGUGCUGAUGGAGGAGGUGGAGGAGAAGAAGAAACUGAUAUCCACCAUCAGGAACAAACCGUGGAGGAUGAAGAGGCGACUCACACACCUGAAAGAAGCUCAAGAUUUUGUGGAUAAGUUUGAAGGUGCCCUUGGCAAAGGAAAAGGCAGGAAGUGGUAUGCCUACAAAGUAAUGAUGACAAAGAAAUGGAUUAAGUUCCAGAGAGACUUUGACAAUUUCAAAACAGCCUGUAUUCCCUGGGAGAGGAAGAUCAAAGAGGUGGAAAGUCACUUUGGGUCAUCUGUAGCUUCCUACUUCAUCUUCCUGCGCUGGAUGUACGGGAUGAACCUCGUCAUGUUCGGUUUCACUUUUGGACUGGUGGUCAUUCCUGAGGUUCUUAUGGGCCUUCCCUAUGGGUCCAUUCCCAGAAAAACUGUUCCCAGAGCAGAGCAGGCUACCGCUCAAGACUACUCUGUCCUCAUGGACUUCAACGGAUACUGCAAGUACUCCGUCCUGUUCUAUGGCUAUUACAACAGUCAGAGGACCAUUGGUUUGCUGAAGUUUAGGCUCCCUCUGGCCUACCUCAUGGUUGGGAUUGGAACAUUUGGCUACAGCUUGAUGGUCGUCAUCCGCACAAUGGCAAAGAAUGCAGACCUAGGUGGUGGUGAUGGAGAGGAUGGGGAGUUCACCUUUGCCUGGAAGAUGUUCACCAGCUGGGAUUAUCUAAUUGGAAAUGCAGAGACUGCGGACAACAAGUAUGCAUCCAUCACCACCAGCUUCAAGGAGUCCAUUGUGGAUGAGCAAGAGAACCAGAAAGAUGAGAACAUUCAUCUGAGGAGGUUCCUCAGGGUCCUGGCUAAUGUCCUCAUCACCUGCAGCCUCGGAGGAAGUGGCUACCUCAUCUACUUUGUUGUGAAGAGGUCUCAAGAGUUUGCCAAUAGAAACGAUCUCAGCUGGUAUGAGAAAAAUGAGUUGGAGAUCAUCAUGUCUCUGCUGGGCCUUCUGUGUCCUCCUCUGUUUGAGACCAUUGCCGAGCUCGAGGACUACCAUCCUCGGAUCGCCCUCAAGUGGCAGCUGGGACGCAUCUUUGCUCUUUUGCUGGGAAACCUCUACACGUUCCUGUUUGCCCUCUUUGACGAAGUCAACACCAAGGUGUGUGUGUGUCUGCACUCUUGCUCCGUAUUAGAGCUGGAAGAAGAGGAGUCCAUAAAGAACGCAACCAUAUUGGCUCUGAAGGAAUACUACGCCAACUACACCCGCCUGGUCAAUGACACAGAGGCCACCCCACCCCCCAUGAGCCCCGCUGAUGUCAUCAGAGGACCUUGCUGGGAGACUGCUGUUGGUAUAGAGUUUGUGAAGCUGACCGUAUCGGACAUCCAAGUCACCUACCUGACCAUCCUGAUUGGUGACUUUGCGAGAGCUGUCAUUGUGCGCUUCCUCAACUACUGCUGGUGCUGGGACCUGGAGGCCGGAUUUCCAUCAUACGGAGAGUUUGACAUCAGCGGUAAUGUUUUGGGACUUGUCUUCAAUCAAGGCAUGAUCUGGAUGGGGGCAUUUUAUGCUCCCGGCCUGGUUGGCAUCAACGUGCUCCGCCUGCUCACGUCCAUGUACUAUCAGUGUUGGGCCGUGAUGGCAACCAACGUCCCUCAUGAGCGAGUCUUCAAGGCUUCCAAGUCCAACAACUUCUACAUGGGUCUGCUGCUCCUCAUCCUCUUCCUCAGUUUGUUGCCUGUGGUCUACACCAUCAUGACCCUCCCACCCUCCUUUGAUUGCGGCCCCUUCAGUGGGAAGGCAAAGAUGUUUGAUGUGAUCAUUGAGACGAUCAACCUGGACCUGCCAGCCUUUAUGGGGACACUGUUGAGUUAUGUAGCCAACCCAGGCCUCAUCAUACCAGCCGUUUUGCUCAUGGUCCUUGCCAUCUACUAUUUGAACUCCGUUUCGGAGGCGUACAAAACCUCCAACCUGGAUCUGAAGAAGAAGAUGCAGAUGGCUCGCGAUGAAGAAAAGAACCGGAGGAACAACACAGACAGCACCAACGAGGUUAUGAAAGACUUGGAAGAUCUGCUGCCAAACCGCUCUCUGGCACCCCCUGCUCCACCGCCAGAGCCUGAAAAGACAUCAGAUCCAAAGCCAAUGAAAACGAAACCUGGGGCAGCUGGAAAAGGUGUGCACCUUCAGAGAGAUGUGGCACUUGCAGCUUCCAAUCCUGCCACUCGAGGGCCAGUAGUCCAAGCACCUGGACCGAGAGGACCGGGACCAAUGUCCGGUCCUGGCCGAGGCCGUGGGAGAGGACCCCCGCCGAGAUGAUGGCAGCAUCACCGUCAUGUAGGCUCAUAAUGCCUUCGUUGUUACCGCUUGAUAGAUUUUGAUAUGAACUGUGGAAUUAGACUCUGAGGGAUGGCAACUUGGCCCCCUUUACUUUUAGUCUGUCAAAACAAUAAUGUGUUGUCAUUUCUGAUAAUGAUCCACUUUUCUGCUCCAAUAUGAACAUGUCCAAUUUGUAUUAGCAUGCAUAACCAAUUGUGGCUUGGAAGUCCAUACCUAUUUGUUCUAACUUAGUAAACAAAGAAUAAAUCACAUGCCACCAGUAUUACAACUGUCACUGCAAUGCAGGACCUUUCAUGCAUCUCUUCUUUUAAUAGCCACCGUUUAAAUGAAAUAAAAACAGAGGAUGCUAUUUCUGAA